AUGUCGAAAGCCCACCUACAGCAACAGAAUGGCUCGGUGCCUGGGAGCGGCGGCCCGGACGACUUUUCCGACGACGACGAUAGCACGCCACUCACCCAGGAUUACGGCGGCAGCCAACGAACGGUGGUGGAGACGAAAGGAUGGGACGUAUUCCGAGAUCCGCCGCCGAAAAACGACUCGGGUUCGAUGGCAGAUCAGCGCUGCCUCGAGAUCACCACACAGAUCACCAAAGCAGUGGCCUACCUACUAGUCUUCGUGAUUGUCCUUACCAGCGGUGUCAUCGCCAAAGGGACCAUCCUAUUCAUGACCUCGCAACUCAAGGCUGAUCGCAACAUCGCCUAUUGCAACAGGCAAUUGGGUCGAGGCAGGCAAUUCGUCGUUCAGUUACCAGAGGAGGAGCGCAUCGCGUGGAUAUGGUGCAUAGUGAUAGCCUUCGCGGUACCGGAAUUGGGCACCUUCUUCCGCAGCGUGCGCAUGUGCGUGUUCAAGUCGUGGAAGAAGCCGAUGUCGUCGCACUUCUUGCUCGUCUUCUGCAUGGAAACCUUUCACGUGGUGGGCCUCGCCCUCCUGUUUUUCUCCAUACUGCCGGAGCUCGACGUCGUGCGUGGCGCCAUGCUCACCAACUGCGUCUGCUUCGUGCCUGGCUUGCUCGGCCUCUUGUCUCGCAACAAGAACAAAGACGAGCGCCGAUUCCUCGUCGCGCUCGUCGAUCUAGCGGCGCUGGCGGCACAAGCGACGGGCUUCGUGGUGUGGCCGCUGCUGGAAAGCAAGACCCCGUCGCUGUGGCUCAUACCGGCCGCACUGAUAAUGGUCUCGUGCAGAUGGUGGGAGAACUACGUGUCGGUGCAGAGUCCGAUCGGCAUCAUCAAGACGCUCGGCCGCGUCAAGCGCGACAUGAUUCAAACGCGUUACUUCACCUACAUGUUCAUAUCCGUGUGGAAGAUCGUCGCUUUCUUCAUCACUCUCUGCGUCGUUCUUCACGUGCAGGGCCAGACUGUCGGCCACCUGUUCAGCAUGUUUGGCGCAGCUUUCGGCGAGCACAAGAUCAUCAUUCAAGCUAUCAGGCCAAUUGACGGCGGAGUUGUGCCGGAUUUGUUUGAGAUACUGCCGAACGGCGAGACUGAGAUUAUCAACGCUGACUUUCACACACCGGUUCAUCUAUUGCUGUUCGCCAUUUUCGGAGCUUACUUCAUGUAUAUUUUCGGAAAAUUCGCUUGCAAGAUUAUGAUCCAGGGCUUCAGCUACGCUUUCCCGGUGAACCUAACGAUCCUCGUGUCGAUUUCCCUUCUGAUUGCCGCGUGUGGACUUCGCAACACGGAUCCAUGCUUCUUCCAUGGCACUAUACCGGACUACUUAUUCUGGGAGUCGCCGCCGCUGUAUUUCCUGAACGACUUCGUGUCCAAACAGUAUGCCUGGGUUUGGUUACUCUGGUUAUUGUCGCAAACUUGGUUCACACUGCACAUCUGGACACCCAAGUGCGAGAGAUUGGCAGCUACGGAGAAAUUGUUCGUUGUGCCGAUGUACGAUGGCCUGUUGGUUGACCAGUCGAUGGGAUUGAACAGAAAGAGAGAUGAUCAACCCGAGGUCAAAGUCGAGGAUUUGGCGGAAAUCGAAAAAGAGAAAGGCGACGGGGACUACGAGACGAUCUACGAGCAAACUGACGGCACAAGUACACCGCCGUCAGCCGUGAAGAGCAGCGAUCACGUCACGCGCAUUUACGCUUGCGCUACCAUGUGGCACGAAAACAAAGAAGAGAUGAUGGAAUUCUUGAAGAGUAUCUUGAGAUUGGACGAAGAUCAAUGCGCUAGACGCGUAGCGCAGAAGUACCUCAAAGUGGUUGAUCCUGAUUAUUACGAGUUUGAAACACACAUAUUCUUCGACGACGCGUUCGAGUUGUGCGAUCAUGACGAAAACGAGUCUCAAGUCAAUCGAUUCGUGAAACUACUGAUAGGUACCUUGGAUGAAGCAGCCUCGGAUGUACAUCAAACUCGCAUGCACGUUCGUGCUCCGAAGAAAGUACCAACACCGUACGGUGGUCGACUCAUGUGGACGUUGCCAGGAAAAACCAAAAUGAUCGCUCACCUAAAGGAUAAAAGUAAAAUCCGUCAUAGGAAACGGUGGAGUCAGGUGAUGUACAUGUACUACCUACUUGGUCAUCGUCUCAUGGAGCUUCCAAUCAGCGUCGAUCGUAAAGAAGUCAUAGCAGAAAAUACUUUUCUCCUUACUCUCGACGGUGACAUUGAUUUCCAACCAGCAGCCGUAAAAUUACUAAUCGACUUGAUGAAGAAGAACAAGAAUCUCGGUGCAGCUUGUGGUCGUAUUCAUCCGGUUGGUUCAGGUCCAAUGGUCUGGUAUCAGAUGUUUGAGUAUGCCAUUGGCCACUGGCUGCAAAAAGCUACCGAGCACAUGAUCGGUUGUGUACUUUGCAGUCCAGGUUGCUUCUCGCUUUUCCGUGGUAAAGCUUUGAUGGACGACAACGUCAUGAAGAAAUAUACUAUUAGGUCUGAUGAGGCGAGACAUUACGUGCAGUACGAUCAAGGUGAAGAUCGUUGGCUUUGCACUUUGUUACUGCAGAGAGGAUAUCGGGUCGAGUACUCGGCUGCUAGCGAUGCUUAUACCCAUGCACCUGAAGGUUUUAACGAGUUUUAUAACCAACGUCGUCGCUGGGUACCAUCCACCAUUGCUAAUAUUAUGGAUCUUUUGGUGGAUGCCAAACGAACGAUCAAGGUCAACGAUAAUAUAUCGUUUCUUUACAUUUGUUACCAAAUACUUCUCAUGGGUGGUACUAUAUUGGGGCCGGGUACGAUAUUCCUUAUGUUGGUGGGAGCUUUCGUAGCCGCCUUCAAAAUCGAUAACUGGACUAGUUUUUACUAUAAUAUUAUUCCUAUUAUUCUAUUUAUGAUUAUAUGUUUCACCUGCAAGUCGAACAUACAGCUACUAUGUGCGCAAAUCUUGUCGACGGGUUACGCAAUGAUAAUGAUGGCAGUCAUAGUCGGUACGGCGUUACAAUUGGGCGAGGAUGGUAUAGGCUCACCAUCGGCAAUAUUCUUGAUAACAUCUUCGGGGUCGUUUUUCAUAGCAGCGUGUUUGCAUCCAAAAGAAUUUUAUUGUAUAAUACCGGGUAUCAUUUAUCUUCUGUCCAUUCCAUCGAUGUACGUGCUGUUGAUUCUCUACUCCAUCAUCAAUCUCAACGUUGUCACCUGGGGUACUCGCGAAGUCGUCACCAAGAAAACCAAAAAGGAAUUGGAACAAGAGAAGAAAGAAGCUGAAGAAGCAAAACGCAGAGCAAAGCAAAAGUCGUUACUUGGCUUCUUGCAAAAUGGCGCAGGUUACAAUGAAGAUGACCAGGGCUCGAUUGAGAUUUCAUUCGCCGGACUGUUCAAGUGUUUGUGGUGCACGCAUGGAAAACCCUCGGACGAAAAGCAGCAACUCGUUGCCAUUGCCGAGUCACUGGAGCAGCUUGGCAAGAGAUUGGAGCACAUUGAAAAAACCGUGGAUCCACAUGGCCAUCGCCGUCGUGCUUCGUCAGUCGGUUCGCGAUCAGCCGACCACUUGGUUGCUAUUGGCGAAGAUCCAGCCGAGGAAGAUGGGAAUGACAGCGAUACCGAAACUACCGCAAGUCAACACACUGCUGAGAAUAAUCGUGAUUCUGCUUUUCCAUCGAGACCUUACUGGCUCGAUGACGAUAUCUUGAAGAAAGGAGAAGUUGAAGCUUUGUCGAUGCAAGAAGAAUUGUUCUGGAAGGAUUUGCUCGAGAAGUAUCUGUAUCCUAUUGACGAAGACAAGGCUGAGAAGGCGCGAAUCGCCAAAGAUUUGAAGGAGCUGCGCGACCGGAGUGUCUAUGCGUUCAUUAUGUGCAACGCCCUCUUCGUCCUGAUCGUCUUUCUCCUCCAACUUAACAAAGACCUAUUGCACGUGAAAUGGCCCUUCGGUGUCAAGGAAAAUAUCACAUUGGGCUUAAAUGGCAAUGAGGUACACGUUUCGAAAGAAUAUUUACAGCUGGAACCUAUUGGUCUCGUGUUCGUAUUCUUCUUCGCUUUGAUCCUCGUUAUUCAAUUCACCGCCAUGUUGUUCCAUCGUUUUGGAACAUUAGCCCACAUCUUGGCAAGCACAACAAUCAACUGGUUCUGUUGUAAAAAGCCAAGUGAAAACUUGUCGGAGGAUGCAUUGUUAUCAAAACAUGCGGUAGAUAUAGUUAGGGAUCUACAAAGGUUAGACGGAAUCGAAGGUGAUUACGACGAAGGUAGUGGAAGUGGUCCUGGUCGUCGCAAAACAAUUAGGAAUCUGGAGAAAAGCCGCAAGAAAACUCAAGCUAUCAAUACUCUUGACGUAGCUUUCCGUCAACGUUUCUUCAAUAUGGCUGAAGGCCAAGGAUUAGGUCUCCCACGCAACAUGUCAACGCGACGCUCGACAAAAGCUUUCAAAGCUUUUGAGGGUCGUCGCAACAGCAUUAUGGCAGCGCAGCGUCGCAAAUCCCAAAUGCAGACUCUCGGUGCAAACAAUAUUUACGGGGCACCGGGUAAUCCAUUAGGCAUUCAACCAAGACCAACUCGCAGCAGUCAGAUCUCGAUUAAAGACGUAUUUGAAAAUCACGGAGCACACGCGAAUGCUGCUUACGAAGCUGACGAGACGCCCGGUAAUAGCUUGAGAAUGCGGCCGGUCGGUUGGAACAUCGGUGACGUCAACUCCAAUCUUUGAAUGUUGUGAAGUGAAAGAUAAAACAUUUUAAACUAUUUAGGUGGGUGUGUAUUUGUUUGUUUGUAAUUUUUUUAUUUUCUGUGCAGAAAAAAUCAAUUUUGUCUGAAUGUGACUGUUGCAAGCUUCGGAGUGACAACGAGCUUCCUCUGUUGCUCACCAUUUUUCUUAUGUUUAGGAAAUUAUUGUUUUAAAACUUUUUACAAGAAAUAUCUGAAAAUCGUGAAAAAAAAAUACGAAGAAGAUAGAUGUCUCUGUAAAUAAGUUUGUUUGUAAAACGAAUAUAUAUAUAUAGGCAUUUUGCAAGAGCGUAAAAUGUAGGUAAUUUAAUUAUUGAAAAUUUACGGCGAAUUGAUUUCGAAAUCGUGAUUGUUGCAUUUUGAAUGUUGUACUCACUGAUAUGAGAUUAAAGACGAGAUUACUUAGCAAUAAUUUAUAAGGGAAAAGAACAUUGUAAACAAUCAUUAGUUCACACGGAGUGUGUUUGGUGGCUGACACUUAAUCGCUAAUGUUAAACAACAAUUCAUAAUUCUCAGAAUCGAACCAUAUCUGUAAUAAGAAAAAACGUGAAAAGUGCAAGACACGAUCGUCUUCACGAGCAGCUGAUUGAGUGACAUUUUAGCGCAUUAAGUUUUUACAGUAUGCCCUUAUAUCUUACCUUAUUGAUGUUUCGCGUACGAUACGAAAGAUGUACCUAUUUAAGUUGAUGAUUUUAUUAUUGCGAGUGUCUCCGAUUCAGAAUGCCUUAGGGCAUUGUUUUUCUGCUGCCACAAUUAUACACAUGACAUAUUUGAGAUUAUUAGUCGUUUAAUAGAAUGAUUUAAUGUACGAUUGUUUGUA